GUGUGACUCAACAGGGGCUGAAGUUCAACCCGUUGGAGAUUAAAAAAAAAAAGAAGAAGCGGCAGGGGUUAAAGGUUGGUUUUGAAAGGAAGGCCUUGCAAGGCUGUGGUUUCACUUCAUGGUCCUCAGAGGUUUCUAAGCACCACAUUCAAGGCCUCAGAUCUUCAGAUUGAAUUGAGCAGCCAUCUCAAGUCCAAGCCAGACCCUGGGAAGUUGGUCUUCGGCAAACAUUUCACCGAUCACAUGCUCACCAUAGAAUGGACGCAGGAAAAAGGCUGGGGGAAACCUAACAUCAAGCCCUUUCAAAACCUCUCUCUGCACCCAGCCUCUUCGGCCUUACACUACUCAGUACAGCUCUUUGAAGGGAUGAAGGCUUUCCGGGGCCUGGAUAAGCGCAUCCACCUUUUUCGUCCUAUGCUGAACAUGGAACGCAUGUUCCGUACCGCUCUCCGUGCUUGCCUGCCCCCCUUUGACAAGUCCGAGUUACUUGAAUGCAUCCGGCAGCUCAUCCACGUGGACCAAGACUGGGUCCCCCACUCAGACUCGGCCAGCCUCUACAUCCGCCCCACCUUCAUCGGCACAGAGCCUUCCUUGGGGGUUGCCAGGUCAACUUAUGCUUUGCUGUAUGUGAUCCUGGGGCCGGUGGGCCCAUAUUUUGCCACUGGCAGCUUCAACCCCGUCUCUCUCCUGGCUGAUCCUGGCUUUGUCCGAGCCUGGAUGGGUGGCGUUGGUGACUGCAAGUUGGGUGGCAACUACGGUCCCACCAUUUAUGUGCAGAAUGAGGCCGCCAAGGAGGGCUGCCAGCAGGUCUUGUGGCUCUAUGGGGAGGACCACCAGCUGACCGAAGUUGGGACUAUGAACAUCUUCAUGUUCUGGAAGGACCAGCAGGGAGAUCUGGAGCUGGUUACCCCUCCGCUGAAUGGGAUCAUCUUGCCUGGCGUGACCCGGCACAGCCUUCUAGAUCUGGCACGGAAAUGGGGGGAAUUCAGAGUUUCAGAGAAGGUGAUCACAAUGGCCGACCUCAUCAAAGGCCUGGAGGAGAAAAGGGUCAAGGAGGUGUUUGGCUCCGGCACGGCCUGCGUCGUUUGUCCCGUCAACAGAAUCCUGUACCGAGGCAAAAAUUACCACAUCCCCACGAUGGAAAAUGGCCCGGAGAUCGCUAAGCGGUUUUUGAAGGAGCUGACAGAUAUUCAGUACGGCCGUGUUGCUAGUGACUGGGUCCAGCCCGUCUGAUGCAGGCUGAGCAGCCCCCACCAGAUGCCUGUUCCACCCCCCACCCCCCUCUGGCCUCUCUGUUACUUUGGUUCUAUUUAUAAUACAGUUCUGUAUCUUCACCUGGUUCGCCUUUCGACCCUUCGGAGUCUGGAGUGGUUGGCUGCUUUUUUAAGAACCAUGAUCUCUCACGUUACCUACGGAGGCCGCUUAUGGUUCCGAAACACUCCACAUAGGGGAGAUCCAAGGUUUCAAAGAACUUCGGUGCCAGCCUUUGUGCGUUGGGAAGGAAGACUCGGACUGAAAUGCUCUCUUCUUUCUCUUCUCUCGGCUCCCAAAUUCAGCCGCUUCCUUCUUUUCAAGUGCAAUAUGGAGAGGGAGAAAAAAAGUUUGUGUGUGCGUGUGUGUGCAUUUUAAAGCACUUGGAAGUCGCAAACACCCCCAUCCCUAGAUUAGUGCAGAAACAAAUUUAGACAUUCGCAAUCUAAACAAAAAACAUUCUUUAAAAUUUCCGUUUGGGUGUUGGAACAUUUGGUGCUAAAAUUUGAACUUCUUUACCUGUUUCCUUAUGCCUGGAGCCCUGAAUUUUGCCACCCAGAAUUCAAGGGGGUCUGCCUAAUUUCUGUUUCAGAACUGUAUCCGUGCUAGCUUUGUUAAUUAAGCAUCAUCUGUGCUCAAGGUAGAGAACUAGUUUGGAGUCCAAACUUUUGUGCCAGGUUUUGCUUUUGACUCCAGAAACUAUUUAAAAUUUAAAACCAUUACUUGCACCCAUUUCUGAUCUCUCUCUAUGCCUCUGCAAGCAAAACAAAGAUGAUGGUUCAGGGAAUCAUUGGAAUGUUGCUUCUGAAGGGUGAUGUGGCUUAUUGGGAAAAGUAGCUAGAUGUCCACCAGAGCUGCAGUUCGCAUGUCUCAUGCAGUGUGUUCUGAAUUAGUGCACUUGUAGGAGUUUAUGACACUGCGUGUACUACUUAUGAAGUUGCCUUAUGCCGCGUCGCACGACUGGUUCGUCUUGCUCAGUAUUGUCUACUCUGACUGGUAAGAGGCUGUCUGGAGUCUCGGGCAAAGGAUUUCCCCCCCCCAUCAUCUGCAACCAGUGAUCUAGGGACUUAGCUUCUGCAGGCAAAGCAAAUGGUGUUAUCAUUGAGCCCCAGAAGUUCCAGGCCUAAACAAGAUCCUUGUUGCCUUUCAUAGGCCAGGGAGAGCUCAAGAGACACAAGAUGUUUUUAUUGGCCAGGGGGGAGGGGAGUGCUGUUUUUCAGGGUUCACAGUUCUUACAAAACAGGUCCUGAAAUAUGUUCGGUUAAAUGUUAAUUUUUGGUAUUAUUUCAAAAACCCUUUGGGUCAGAUCCAAACAGCUUUUAUGUGGGUGAAAAAGGGAGGAGAGCGAUCCCCUUUGACCAUCCCCAAAAGGCUCUUCUUGGUAUCCUGCAGCCUGCCUAGACAAAAGCCACAUAGAAGGGAGGCUGUAAUAAGGAGGGGAAUUGGGUAAGAUGGAGUGAAGAAGCCGGGUGGAGCCCAUCCUUUGCUUUGAUAGCAGAUGAGAACUGUGGGCUCCCGCUGGUGUCAAAAGAAGUCCACUCUGAUCCUUCUUUAGUUGUGUACUAUAAACCAUUAGCAUUUGCACAAAAGUGGUUGCCAAUAUGGAAUGUGGAUUGAUUUUCAAAAUGCAUGCCCCAUUGAAGCUGCGAAACGUGGUGGGGGCAGUGUAUGUACUCUGGAAUGUGACUUUCUUAGUGGCACGUAAGUAAAUUCAUUCUUUCCACUCUGUGUAAAUAACUUGUGGAACUCACUGCCGUGGGAUGUCGGGGCGGCUGCUAGCUUAGGUGGUUUCAAAAGAGGCUUAGGCGAAUUCCUGGAGGAUAGCUCCGUCAGUGUUUAUGAGCCAUGCUGGCUCAGCGGAGCCUCCGCGUUCAGUGCUGGGAGCAAGGGGGUACAAUAGCAAGGAGAGGCUUUGGCCUCUGGGCGCCUCCUUGCAGCCUCCUGGAGCAUCUGUUUGGCCACAUGGGAAACAGGAUGCUGGACUCAGUGGAUCCCGCAGGGCUGUUCUUGCUUGCACAUGCACCUGAUUUAUGACCGUGGAUCCUAAUUCUAACGCGUAAUAAACCUACAAAUAACC